AUGUCCUGGCCGCGAUGGCGCACCAUCUCUCAGAGAUGGAUAUCUUGUUUGGUGGGCUGUCACUCCCAGUGCGCUCACCAUGAACAACGAGGGUGGCAAGCUCGUUGCCCAACGCGGCUGUGUUCAAAUCCUCGUCGACGCCUUUCACUAUGCCCAUUGCAUAGAGACUUCUGUUGUAGAGGGAGGGCCGACGAAAAAAAAAAACAUUGCAGCUCAACUCAGCGCUGCCAGCCCGCACCCAGUCUCGACGACUGGAGGAGCAGACCGUUCUCUGCCGAGACGUUCAAAAGUGGUGUCGUGACGCGCUUCUCAAGCUGUGCCGCACGCGUUCGAAUGCGGUGCAGGCUGCCCUGCAGCAGGCAGACUUCAGCGCCUACGGGCACUGCCUCCGUUUGA